AUGGUGUUACUGUUUUUAGUUUUUAUAAGGUAUCAUCGACCAGUGGCUCCGGAUUCAUCAACCAGUCUCUCGUUUUACUUCACAAAUCUCCACCCAUUUUCUUCCAUUGAUCUUCAUCCAAUGUUCUCUUCAACGAUUUGUGUUGAAAGCUUUUCUGGCACUAACAAUGUUCAUGCUCCAUCAAACCAGAACAAUGGUUCUUCUUCAAACCAUAAUAAAGGUUAUCAAAAUGAUACCUUAAAUCCCUAUUUCAUGCAUCCCAAUGAAAAUGCAGCUCUUAUUCUAGUUACACCUUUAUUGAAUGCUGACAAUUAUCAUUCUUGGUCCCGUUCCAUGACAAUGGCUUUAAGGUCCAAUAACAAGCUUCACUUCAUCAAUGGAGCAUUGCCAAGACCAUCGAACGAAUAUGUUCAUUCAAUAGCUUGGGAUAGGUGCAACACUUUGAUAAUGUCAUGGCUAAAUAAUUCAGUUGAAUCAGAGAUUUAUCAAAGCAUCUUGUGGAUGGAAACUAGAUCCAACAUAUGGAAAAAGUUGAAAGAUAAGUUUUAUCAUGGUGAUAUUUUCCGAAUCUCGGAUAUUUAA